CGGGGCGCGGGGCGGUGGCGGCGGGGCCGUGACCCCCGGUGACCCCCCCCCCGGGUGACCCCGCGGUGACCCCCGCGGUGAUCCCGCCAUGGCCCGCCUGGCCGACUACUUCGUCCUCGUGGGAUACGACCCCGGCAAGCGCGGGAGCAGGGAUGGGCAGGGACAGAUACUGCAGCGCUUCCCGGAGAAGGACUGGGAGGACAACCCCUUUCCCCAGGGCAUCGAGCUGUUCUGCCAGCCCAGUGGUUGGCAGCUCUUCACGGAGAGGAACCCCCCGACCUUCUUCGUGGCCGUGCUGACAGACAUCAACUCGGAGCGGCACUACUGCGCCUGCUUCACCUUCUGGGAGCCCAUCGAGAGCGCCCAGCCUCAGAGCCACCCCAGGAAUGGUGAUGGGGAGGAGGAGGAAGAGCCAUCAUCUCCUGUUCAACCUGCGCAGCUCUUUGCUCCCAAAAGCUUGGUCCUGGUGUCACGGCUGGACCAUGCGGAGGUGUUCAGGAACAGUCUGGGCUUGAUCUACACCAUCUACGUGGACGGACUGAGCGUGUCCCUGGAGAAUGUCAUUGGGAACCUGCUGACCUGCACCAUCCCCAUCACUGGUGGAGCUCAGCCUGACGCGGAGGAUGAAGCAGCGAGAACCAUCUCGCUGGGAGCCGGGGACCGGCAGGUGAUCCAGACACCCAUCAGCGACUCGCUCCCGGUCAGCAGCUGCAGCGUGGCGCUGCUCUUCCGCCAGCUCGGCAUCACCAACGUGCUGUACCUGUUCUGUGCCGCGCUGACCGAGCACAAGAUCCUGUUUCUGUCCAGCAGUUACCAGCGGCUGACGGACGCCUGCCGGGCUCUGCUCGCACUCAUGUUCCCCCUCAAGUACAGCUUCACGUACGUGCCCAUCCUGCCCGCGCAGCUCCUCGAGGUGCUGAGCACACCAACACCCUUCAUUAUCGGAGUGCACUCCAUCUUCCAGUCAGAGACACAGGAGCUGCUGGAUGUUGUCAUUGCGGACCUGGAUGGCGGGACAGUGAAUGUCCCCGAGUGUGUGCACAUCUCCCUGCUCCCUGAGCCUCUGCUCCAGCAGACCCGGGAAGCCCUUUCCAUGGUCCUGGACCCAGAGCUGGAGGUGGCAGAUCUUGCAUUCCCCCCUUCAACAAUUUCUGUCUCUUCUCUCAAAAUGCAGGACAAGGAGAUCCGUGCUGUCUUCCUCCGCCUGUUUGCACAGCUGCUGCAGGGCUACCGCUGGUGCCUGCACAUCAUCCGCAUCCAUCCUGAGCCCGUCAUCAGGUUCCAUAAGGCAGCAUUCCUUGGGCAGAGAGGGCUGACGGAGGAUGACUUCCUCACCAAGGUGCUGGAGGGAAUGGCCUUCGCCGGCUUCGUCACGGAGCGCGGGGCUCCGUACCGCUCCAUCGACCUGUUUGAUGAGCUCGUGGCUUACGAAGUGAAGCGCAUGCGUGCAGAGGAAGGGAACAAGCAGAAGAUCCUGAGGCACAUCAAGGAGCUGGCGGAGAAGCUUUACAAGAACGAGAACCCGUACCCCGCGGUGACCAUGCACAAGGUACAGAAGCCCACGGAGGGCUGUCACCUGCGCCUGCACCAGAAGCCGUUCCCCCGGCUGGAUGAGGGGACAGUGCAGUGGAUCAUCGACCAGGCCACCGCCAAGCUGCAGACAGCUCCUCCUGCUGUGAAGGCAGAGAAGAAAUGCAUGGUGCCGUCGGGGCCCCCCAUCGCUGCCAUCAUGGAGCGCAAUGGCAAUGCCCUGGCCAACAGCGCCCGGCGCCUGGAGGUGGUCAGGAACUGCAUCUCUUACGUCUUUGAGAACAAGAUGCUGGAAGCCAAAAAGCUCUUCCCCGCAGUGCUGCGUGCCAUGAAGGGCCGAGCGGCCCGACACUGCCUGACCCAGGAGCUGAACCUGCAUGUGCAACAGAACCGGGCAGUGCUGGACCACCAGCAGUUUGACUUCAUCAUCCGCAUGAUGAACUGCUGCCUGCAGGACUGCACUGCCAUGGAUGAACAUGGGAUUGCAGCUGCUCUCCUGCCACUAGUCACUGCUUUCUGCCGAAAGCUGAGCCCAGGUAUCACGCAGUUCGCCUACAGCUGCGUGCAGGAGCACGUGGUGUGGACCAACAUCCAGUUCUGGGAGGCGAUGUUCUACUGCGACGUGCAGAACCACAUCCGAGCCUUGUACCUGGACAAUAGCGAGGAGAACCACGCAGAUGAGGAGAGCCCAGAGGAGCCACAGGAAGCCAAGUCGGCCUUGGAGAUAGCAUCGGAGCAGCUGAGGCUGUGGCCCACCAUGAGCAGAGAGAAGCAGCAGGAGCUGAUCCAGAAGGAGGAGAGCACUGUCUUCAGCCAGGCCAUCCACUACGCCAACCGCAUGAGCUACCUGCUGCUGCCCCUGGACACCAGCAAGAACCGCCUGCUCCGCAGCUCCGGCCUGGGCGACAUGGAGAGUGUCAGCAACAGCUUUGUCACCAACAGCAUCGCUGGCAGCGUGGCUGAGAGCUAUGACACAGAAAGUGGCUUUGAGGACGCAGAGAGUUCGGAUGUGGCCAACUACGUGGUGAGGUUCAUCAACCGCUUCGUGGACAAAGUCUGCACCGAGAGUGGAGUCACCAACGAGCACCUCAAGGGGCUGCACGUCAUGAUCCCUGAUAUCGUGCAGAUGCACAUAGAGACACUGGAUGCCGUGCACAGGGAGAGCAAGAGGCUUCCUCCCAUCCAGAAGCCAAAGCUGCUGCGCCCCAACCUGCUGGUGGGAGAGGAGUGUGUGAUGGAAGGGCUCCGCGUGUACCUCAUGCCUGAUGGGCGGGAGGAAGCUGCUGGAGGGAAUAUUGGUGGCCCACCUCUGCUCCCUGCAGAAGGAGCCAUCUUCCUCACCACGUACCGCAUCAUCUUCAAAGGCACUCCCACCGACCCCCUGGUGGGGGAGCAGGUGGUGAUCAGGUCCUUCCCCAUCGCCUCACUGACCAAAGAGAAGAAGAUCAAUGUCCAGGCCCAGGUGGAUCAGUUCAUCCAGGAGGGUUUGCAGCUGCGCUCGUGCACAUUCCAGCUGCUGAAGAUCGCCUUCGACGAGGAGGUGGCUUCAGACAGCGCCGAGAUCUUCCGGAAGCACCUGCACAAGCUGCGCUACCCCCAGCACGUGCGUGGCACCUUCGCCUUCACCGUGGGCCAGUCGCCCAAGCAGGCCAUGCAGCCCAAGGCCAAGGAGAAGAACCCCUCGCUCAGGACGCUCUCCAAAAACCUGGUGAAAAACGCCAAGAAGACCAUUGGGCGGCAGUACGUGACGCGGAAGAAGUACACCCCCCCCAUGUGGGAGCAGAGGGGCAGCCAGCACUUCCCCGAGGACAACGAGGAUGAGAUCUCAGUGUCUGAAGAGAUGGACAGAAGCACUUUGACCCCCACCACCACCAUGAAACCUUCGGACAAGAUGACCAUCAACCACCUGGUGGAGCGGGCCUGCUGCCGGGACUACCAGCGCCUGGGGCUGGGCACCCUCAGCAGCAGCCUCACCCGCUCCAAGAGCGAGCCCUUCCGCAUCUCCACCGUCAACCGCAUGUACGCCAUAUGCCGGAGCUACCCCGGGCUGCUCAUCGUGCCGCAGAGCAUCCAGGACAACACGAUCCAGCGCAUCUCCCGCUGCUACCGCCAGAACCGCUUCCCCGUGGUGUGCUGGAGGAACUCCCGCACCAAAGCCGUGCUGCUGCGCUCAGGGGGGCUGCAUGGCAAGGGCGUCGUGGGCCUCUUCAAGUCCCAGAAUGCUCCCACUGCAGGCCCCUCGCAGGCAGACUCCACGAGCCUGGAGCAGGAGAAGUACCUGCAGGCUGUCAUUAACUCCAUGCCGCACUACGCCGACGCCAGCGGGCGCAACACGCUCAGUGGCUUCACCUCGGCUCACAUGAGCAGCUCAGAUCACGCCGACAAGAGACAGCCUAAGCUGGGAUCGCUCAUGAAGCAGGUGAUGGGAGGGAAGGACGAUGGGCCUGGUUCUAUUAGCCGUGGAGGGCUCGGUCACCGAGCUAAAGUCAUCACCCUGUCCACCCCAAAGUGCGCGUCGGCGAAGGGCCGCGACACCCCUCGAGGCAAGUGGGGCAGCAUCCGGGCCAGCGGGCGCAUGAGCAGCUACGCGCUGAACGUGGAGAUCGGGUCACGCCUGGCGGGGAAGGACCUGCUGGGAACCCACCACAACGGCACGGCCGAGCCCGGGUUCCUGCGCCCGCACCGCGCCUCGCUCUACAUCAUUGGGGACAAGUCCCAGCUCAAGGGUGUGAAGCCGGACCCGCUGCAGCACUGGGAGGUGGUUCCCAUCGAGGUGUUCGACGUGCGGCAGGUCAAGGCCAGCUUCAAGAAGUUGAUGAAGGCCUGUGUGCCUGGCUGCCCCUCCACGGACCCCAGCAUCGCCUACCUACGCUCCCUGGAGGAGUCUGAGUGGCUGUCACAGAUCCACAAGAUCCUGCAGAUUUCAGUGCUGGUGGUGGAGCUCCUGGACAUGGGCUCCUCAGUGCUGGUCAGCCUGGAGGACGGCUGGGACAUCACCACGCAGGUCGUGUCCUUGGUGCAGCUCCUGUCUGACCCCUACUACCGGACACUGGAAGGCUUCCGCCUGCUCGUGGAGAAGGAGUGGUUGAGCUUCGGGCACCGCUUCAGCCACCGCGGGGCGCAGACCCUGGCCGGGCAGAGCAGUGGGUUUGCUCCCAUCUUCCUGCAGUUCCUGGACUGUGUGCACCAGAUCCACCUGCAGUUCCCCAUGGAGUUCGAGUUCAGCCAGUACUACCUGAAGUUCCUGAGCUACCACUACAUUUCCAACCGCUUCCGGACAUUCCUGCUGGACUCGGACUACGAGCGCAUCGAGCUGGGCCUCCUGUACGAGGAGAAGGGGGAGAGGAAGAGCCAGCAGGUCUACAAGUCCAUCUGGGACUACAUCGACCGCCUGAACAAGAAGGCCCCCAUCUUCUUCAACUACAUGUAUGCUCCUGAGGAUGGGGAGGUGCUGAGACCGUACAGCAACAUCUCCAACCUGAAAGUGUGGGAUUACUACACGGAGGAGACACUUUCCGAGGGCCCCUCCUAUGACUGGGAGCUGGCACAGGGGCAGCCGGAGCCGGUGGAGGACACGGAUCGACAGGACACCGGAGCCCCACAGACCAAGCGCAAGAUCAUCUGGCCCUGCUACGACAACCGGAGCCGCGUGGAGCCCGACGCCAUCUCCAAACUGCUGGAGGAGCUGCACAACCUGGAGAUGGAGCUGGGGCAGAUUCCAGAGCGCUGGAAGGACACGUGGGACAAGGUGAAAGCUUCCCAGCGCACCGAGGCGCGGCAGGAGGGCAGCAGGACCCCCAGCUCCCUGCUGAUGUCCUCGGGCCUGUCCCACCACCGCCGCUCGCUCGGGGUGUACCUGCAGGAGAGCGGCGUGGGCUCCACGCUCAACCUCAGCCUGGACAGCGACACCAGCAGCACGUCCACCCCGUCCAGCGGGAAGCCGGGUGGGCGCAGGAGCACCAGCACCCUCUACAGCCAGUUCCACACGUCCGAGAGCGAGAACAGGUCCUACGAGGGGUCUCUGUACAAGAAAGGAGCCUUCAUGAAACCCUGGAAGCCUCGUUGGUUCGUGCUGGAUAAAACCAAACAUCAGCUGCGGUACUAUGACAGCCGGAUGGACACGGAGUGCAAAGGAGUCAUUGACCUGGCCGAGGUGGAGUCCAUCACCCCAGGGACCCCCACCAUGGGGGCACCCAAGACGGUGGAUGAGAAAGCCUUCUUCGAUCUGAAGACGACGAAGCGCGUUUACAACUUCUGUGCCCAGGACGUGCCGGGGGCGCAGCAAUGGAUCGACCGCAUCCAGAGCUGUUUGUCGGACGCGUGAGCGCAGGAGCCCCUGUCCGGGUGCAGGGUCCGGGCCCACGGAGCAGCGGCAGCGCUGGAGCCGGGGCUGGGAUCAGCUGCGGGUGAGGCCCUGGCCUCGGGCGGCCGCGGGGCUGGAGCUGCGGCUCCGCGCUGGGAGGCACUGGUGGAGGAUCCCGUCGCGUUGAAGCAGGCCCGGGAUGAGCAGGAGCUGGUCCUGCUCUGUCCCCCCCAGGCCUGUCUGAGCCCUGUAAUUAUUGUGUCCCCUCCGCACCCCACUGCAGCCCCUGCACUGCUGGAGGAGGCAGGAGCUGCCCUCCUCACCCUCCCCAUGGCUUGCAUGUCCACCGAGCACCCAGGGGGACCAGCCCUGCUCCCCACGUCUCAUAGUGCAGCACCCACCCCGCUCCCUCCUUGCUGGACCCAGGGACCUGCCGCUCAGGUGCUGGUGUUGGUGGGGGUGAUGCGUUGAGCACAGGGAUGCGCUGCCCAUCCGGUGCCCCCUGGGCACUGCAGGCAGAGGGUCCCAGUCUUGCACAGGAGCCGCUGCCCAUGGCUGGUGGUGGUUGGAGCUCUGGGCACUGGGCUCAGGGAUGUGGCUGUGGCUCUGUGUCCCUGUUGGGCACAGUCUCUACCUCCACGGUCAGGUUUGCUGUCGUGGGGGGGCACAUUCCCCACGGGAGGUGCCAGCCCUGUCACAUUGCGUGGAGGGGGGCACCAGCCCUGGCCCUGGGGUCCCUGUGCCCAAGGGACCCCUCCAGCAGCAACACCGGGGCUGGGAUGGUCACUCCAGUCCCUGUGGCGCCGGCUGCUGCCACCCGGGCUCUUUGCACAGGUCAAACCCCCCCCCAC